UACUGUAAUCGUCGGCUAAGUACAGUACAAUCAAGCACUCAAGACACCCAGAAGAGGUCCUCCGUCCUAAACCUAAACGUAGAAACACGAGCAGAUAAAUGCCGCUUUAUUUGUCAGACUGACGCGUAGGACCACUGAGUCUACGGUAGACGCAACAUUAGGACGGAAUGAGACUGUUCUGGUAUCGCGUGGCGCUCGUCGCGUGGUGUCUCGCAUGGCUGGCGAUCGCGGUGUGGACGGCGUGGUUCACGUGGCAGUCCGCCGAUAACCCGCGCAAGGAUGAUUUGCACACUUGGUGCGCGGCUCGAGCGCGUUACGUGCACCAGGAAUUCGUGUCGAGCCUCAGUCAAGUAGAGAUCUUGGUCGGGCUGAUAAAGGUGUUCAACGGGAUCUCUAACACUCCCAACACCCCCUCCUACUGGGGCCUCAAGGGCGGCAUAACCAAUGCCACGUGGAUCGCCUUCAGCGAGAAGUGGCUUCAACGCGUGCAACCAUGGUCGCUCACCGCGUGGGGUGUCGCCAUCACCCACAACGAACGCCCGGUCCUGGAGAGGCUUCUGAACUGCACUGUGCUGUCGCUGUUGGGAACCGUGGCCCCCGCGGCUCCCUUCUACUUUGUCUCUGUCUUCCGCUUCCCCGCGCCCUACAACACCCCGCCCUGCACGGACUUCUACAUGGUGCAACCCACCAUAAUCGACCAGUUUCUGCUCACCGGCGAGCGCACCGCCGUGCCCCCGCUCCUGUUCCCCAACAAGCACAUCGGGCUCGCAUACGGCAUGCCCAUCAUCCGCUCGUCGUUGGCCCGACAAGCCUCCAUAGAGCAAGGGAUUGCAAUGCUGGGUGGUUUCAUUGCUGGGGCCAUCGACACGGAGACACUCAUCUCUCACGCCCUCAUGGACGUGCUCAACCAAGCGACCAACAAGUACUCGUUCGACCUCUACGAUGUGACGGAUGAGGAUGCCCUUGUGCUCAUGUUUGGUGCCAACGUCACGAGGAAGGGAAACGGCACCCUCAUGACGUUUCUGUUUCCCACGUCCAUAGCGCCGGGCUACAAGGACGUUCAGCGCUUCUCAGAACCCUUCUGUUCUCGCAUUUUGAAGUUCAUUGCAGCUUUGCAGCUUAGGUUUUUAGACGAUGGCAGCUGGUGGCGGUUGGUGUGGGCGCCGGUGCUGGUGGCGGUGCUGGUGGUGGUGGUGGCGGUGCUGCUGACGCUGAUCAUUGUGUUCCUGGCACGCAAGCAGGCGGCCAUCAGCCGCGCGGUGAGGGAGGUGGAGCUGUGCACCGCCGUGCUCGACAGGGCCCAGCGCUCCAAGAGCGAAACCGUCGCCAACCUCUCGCACGAGCUGCGCACCCCGAUUGUGGGCAUGCUAGGCAUGAUGGACGCGCUGCUGGAGAGCUCGCUGGCGGUGCGGCAGGAGUGCGACCUGGGAGUGGCGCGGGAGUGUGCAGCGGCCAUCGUGGCGCAGCUCAACUCCGUGCUCGACCUCGCCAAGCUGCAGGCUGGCCGCCUGCAGCUCGAGGCGCUGCCGCUCUCCCUGCGCCACGCUGUCGACAUGGUCGCGCGCGACCUGCUGCCCAAGGCCUCUAAGAGGGGCCUCCAAUUGCUGUGCCACGUGGACUGCAGUGUGCCCGAGGUGCUGCUGGGCGAUCCUCUCAGACUCGCUCAAGUCGUGCGGGAGCUCAUCGACCAUGCCAUCCGCACCACCGUCUCGGGGCACGUGGCCUUCCGGGUGUGGUGCGUCCCCAUGCCCCACACCACCCAGGUGGUCGCGCCUCUCGCCACGCCCAUGACUGCAGAUGCCGCCAUGGCACCAGAUGCUACUGCUGCUGCUGCAGCAUCAGCCUCAGCAGCGGGGGAAGGGGGAGCGCACUGCAGGGCAUGGCUGGCAUCGUGGCUGGAUGCUGCCUGCCGCCAGUGCAGCAGCAGCAGCAGCAGUGGGAGCAGUGGCAGUAGCAGCAGUGGAGGCAACAGAUAUGAGAGCAAUAAUGGCACCAGCGACAGCAGCCAUACACAAGGUCAUCCCCCUCCUUUGCCUUCCUCCCAACUGCCCUCAUUGUCUUGUCCCCCGAUCGUCCCCGCAGAUGCCGUAGGACCCCAGCCAGGUGCGUCAGUAGGAGAAACAAGUUCCCAUAUCCCAACAGCAGAAGCAACUGCAACAGCAACAGCAGCAGCAACAGCAACAGCAGCAGCAACAGCAACAGCAACAGCAACAGCAACAGCAGCAGCAACAGCAACAGCAACAGCAACAGCAACAGCAACAGCAACAGCAGCAGCAGCAGUUGAAGGAAGAACAGAGGGUGGGGCACGAGGGGUAACUCUUGACCAGAGUGGUGGUGGAGGGGAGCGAGGAGCAGCAGAGGAGGAAGAGAGGGAGGUUGAGCAGCUGCGAGUGCUGCUGCAUCAGCUGGAGGGGUGUGUGAGUCGCUUCAGCGAUGGCGCUGUUGUAUGCGCCGCUGUCGACCCGGAUCCUGGGGAUGCUGAGGGGGGGUGUGGGAACGAGCUGCAUAAAGAAGCAGAGCAGAGGGAACGAAUGCAGGGGUCAGCAGUGCUGUCCGCGUGGUGGGGGUGGAGGCGGUCAGAGUUCUGGGGACGUCUUAAGAACAGGCUUAGCGGGUUGAGGGGGACCGAGUCAGGUCUGGCACAAAGCACUGGUGGCGAUGAGGGUGUGGCUCUUGUCUUUGCUCCCUCUGCUCCCUCUGCUCCCUCUGCAUCAGCAGCCGCAGGGAGCAGUGAUGGUCGUCAUGGGGAGGGAGAGGGAGGGGAAAGGGGCAGGGAAGCGGGAAGGGAGGGAGGGGAGGGAGGGGCAGGGAGUGGGGGGGUGCUGGUGGUGAUGGUGUGCGAGGACACGGGGUGUGGUAUUCCACAGGAGGAGCUGCAGUGGGUGCUGGAUCCGGAAGGGCAGGCAGCAGCGCAGGGCAAGGCAGGCGUGCUGCUGCACACAGGGGGCUCUCAACACGGUGCGCACACGCAGCACAAGCACAAGCAGCAGCAGCAGCCUCCACUGUCCUUCCCUGCUUCUCCCCUUUACCCCUCCUUGGACUUCUGCCCUGGUUCUGCUGCAGCCUCCUCCCUCCCCUCCUCUGCGCCUGCCUGGGAGCCCUACCCUGUUCGCUUCCUGCUCUCCACAGGCCUGGUGAAGCUAAUGAGGGGGGCCAUGGGAAUAGCAACAGAGCACACCGUGGGCACCUCCAUCCUCGUCGCCCUACCCACGGCCGCCUGCCAUCUGUCAGGCACUGCUGCUGGUGCUGCUGGUGCUGCUGGUGCUGCUGGUGCUGCUGGUGCUGCUGGUGGUGCUGCUGGUGCUGCUGGUGCUGCUGGUGCUGCUGGUGCUGCUGCUGGUGCUGGUGCUGCUGCUGGUGCUGCUGGUGCUGCUGGUGCUGCUGGUGCUGCUGCUGGUGCUGCUGGUGCUGCUGGUGCUGCUGCUGGUGCUGCUGGUGCUGCUGGUGCUGCUGCUGGUGCUGCUGGUGCUGCUGGUGCUGCUGCUGGUGCUGCUGGUGCUGCUGGUGCUGCUGCUGGUGCUGCUGGUGCUGCUGGUGCUGCUGGUGGUGCCAGCAGAAGCAAUGGUGGUGUCGAAGGCGGUGUUGUGGCGAGUGAGGGUGGGAGUGUGGAGGUGCAGGAGUGGGUGCUGCACCGCAGGGCAGUCUGGUCUCUCGUAGCGGGCAAGAGAGCGCUGCUGGUGGAUGCCAUGGCACUGAGAGCACAGGCCGUGAGUGCAUGCCUGACGUAUCUGGGCUUGGGGGUAGCAGUGGCUUGCACGCAGGCCAAGGCCAUGCGCCUGCUGCAGUGGAAGGGAAGGAGUGCCAGCAGGAGCAGCAACACGAAACGCAGUGGCGGCGGCAGCAGGGGUGGUGGAGGGUGGGACGUGGUGCUGGUUGCCGUGGACGCCUUUGGCCUGGGGACCGGCCUUGUGCUCGGGCGCCAGGCUGCUGCUUGCUCCCACACCAAGGAGCAGAGUGGGCAGAGUGGGGUCGUGGGGGGGUCUGAGUCCACAGGGCCAGUGCUGGUGCUGACGGGCGCCAAAGCUAGCAGCAUGGAUGAAGAGCAGGCACGCAUGUGGGGCUUUAAGGCCGUGCUGCCACACCCGUGGCUCGUCACACACACCGCGCACUGCCUGCAGCAUCUGUUCACUCCACCUGCUCCCCCUGCGCCAGCCACACGCACUGCCCCUCCCAGCGAGUCCUCUCCAGUCGCUUCUCUCUCCCACGCCAGACACCGGUCCCCCACCCAUUCCCACGACUGCGACUCAAUCACACUCGCAACUGCCUCCACCACACCAAGCAGCCCAGCCACCAACCUCAUUCGCUUGGCUUCUUCCUCCUCAGCUUUCUCCUCAGCAGUCGCCUUUACCUCUGACUCUCAGCGCUCUGGCAGCCCAGCCCUUGCCCGCUCCUCCUCCCUGCCUCCGUCGGCGCUCUGUGUGUGUGUGUCCUCGCUGGAUUUCCCUGUGGCGGUGCUGCGGGGGGUGGUGGGGCAGCAGGCGGUGCUGGUGGUGGACGACAACGUGGUGAACCGCAUGGUGGCCAAGAGAACGCUGCUGGGGCUGGGGGCGCGCGUGCUCAUGGUGGACAGCGGCGCGCACGCGCUGGAUGCGCUGUGCCCGCAGAUGGCCGCCGCCAGGGGGCAGGGGCAGGGGGAGGCAGUGCGUGCCGUGUCGCUCGUGCUGCUGGACCUUCAAAUGCCUGACAUGGACGGGUACGAGACGGCGCGGCGCAUCCGAGCCAUGGAGGCGGAGGGCAGCGCGGGGAUGAAGCAAGCCAGGCCCUGCUGUGUGCUGGCCCUCACAGCUGAUGUGGACGGCAAUGUACGGUGGGCGUGUGCUCAGGCCGGCAUGGAUGGGGUCCUCGCCAAACCCAUCGUGCUGCGGGACCUCUUGAUAGCUCUAAAAGAAGCUGGAUACUGCAGUAACUGAACAUGAGAUCCGGUUUCUGUAAAUAUCUGUAACAAUUUUUGUUGUUGCUAAGUCUUUUGCUUCCCUCCUGCGACUAUGUUCAUAUCCUACAAUUAUAUAUAUAUAUAUAUACAUAAUAUAAUUUAACAACAUGC